AUGGUGAGAGUCAGAGUCUUGAACGAUGCUCUCAAGAGCAUGUAUAAUGCCGAGAAGCGUGGGAAGAGGCAAGUGAUGAUCAGGCCAUCUUCAAAGGUGAUCAUAAAGUUCCUUUUGGUGACGCAGAAGCAUGGGUAUAUCGUUGAGUUUGAGUAUGUUGAUGACCAUCGUGCUGGAAAGAUUGUUGUUGAGUUGAAUGGCAGGCUGAACAAGUGCGGAGUAAUCAGUCCUCGUUUUGAUAUUGGUGUCAAGGAACUUGAAGGGUGGACUGCUAGGCUCCUUCCAUCUCGUCAGUUCGGUUUUAUUGUUUUGACGAUCUCAGCUGGCAUCAUGGAUCAUGAAGAGGCCAGGAGGAAGAACGUUGGUGGCAAGGUGCUAGUUACGAACGAGCGAGACUGCACAAAUGCAAUUUACUUUGUAUCAUUCUUGUGCCAGUUCACUUACCGAAAUCCAAAUUUUGGAAGAAGGACAUGA